AUGGAUUUGUGCAGAGCGCGCACGGGGGAGACAGCGCGCGGCCUGAUGUAUAAGGCGACGGCGCCCUCGACGGUGGCGAGUGCUUGCCCGGCAGAGUUGGCAGCGCUCUGGGUUGGAGUUGUCCUAGCCGAACACUGGUUGAAACCAAAGAUUCCGCGUGGGAUUCUCUGCGAUGCUGCCCGGUCUCUCGUUGGCGGCGAUCUCCAGACGCUGGAGAUGGCGGCCGUAGGCGCGGUGGUCGACGCGGGGGUCGCGGUGGUUGGGCCAGCGGCGGACUUGGUGGUCAUGCAGCUGGGCGUGGUGGUCAUUGUGGAGGCUGGGACGGGUAGUGCGCCGAGCAGCAUCUCGGCAUUGCCAGUCUGCCUCCGCAGCUUCGCGAGGGGCCGGGCCAGCGUCGUCGCGCCCAUGGCCACGCGACCCGAUGAACUCGACGGCCGCGUCGGACGGGCGGCCUUCCGAUUCGAGCGCCACAGGCGCCAAGUUCCCGCGUUGCAGAGGGUAGCGGUCGCGUUCGUCGCGGUCCGCCUGAAGUCCGGGCAGUGGCGGCCCAGAGGCGGCUCGCCGCGCAAGUAUGUGCUGCGCGAUGGCGAGGUGGAGCACGAGGACGACGACCCCGGCGCCGAGGAGGACGAGGACACGAACGACGAGGACGAACCCCUCGACGAGGGUGACGAGGACGACGACGCCAAGUCCGGCGACGAGGCGCUCGCGAGCGCACGGUCCCAGACGGAGGUCGCCCAGGACGCCGCCGCGGAGCAGGCCCCGGAGCAGGAGGCACAGGGCGGCGAGCCCGCCGAGCAGCCGCCGCCGGCGUGGCCGGAGAGCCUGCCCGCGCCGGCCAUGCUCCGAAGCGAGGCGAACGCCUACCAUGACACGCUGGCAGCAGGGCACUGGGUCACCUUCGACCAGCUCAAGCAAUCCUGCGACUCGCUGGUGAUGUACAUACCGCCCGGGGAGCGCAUGCUGAAGUCCUGCCUCGACAGCAGGUGGGCCGGCGACCGCCAGCAGCCAUUCUGCCCGCCGCCCCUGCACGUGAUGCGGCUGCGCCUGACGCCCAUGGCGCCGCAGGAGGGCGAGGAGGAGCCCGCCGAGGGCGCGGGGGCAGAGCCGGCCAGCGACCCAGCGCCGAGGUGCAGGGUCAUUCUCUGCUACGAGCCGCUGCGGCUGAACCCCCUCGCGCUGGCCGCGGCGGGCGGCAAACACCUGGCCGCCGGCCCUGGCGGCGGCGUGUCCGCCUGCCUGCUGCAGCGCAUGGGGCGCUGGGAGGCGCCUGGGGCAGGCCCCGAGGCCCCGCCCGACUUCCUCCACCUCGUGGCUGGCGACGGCCGCCUCGGCGCCACCACCCGCUGCUGCACGCUGCCCGCCGGGGAGCACCUCUACCUCGUGCUCGACGACGCCGCGCGCGCGGGCUCUACCCUCUCCGUGUUCGUGGACGGGUCGCGGCUCAACCUGGAGCGCUCGGUCGUCGAGUUCGUGGAGCUGCCCAAGCUCUUCCAGGAAAGCCAAGUGCCCAUGCAGCUCGUGUCGCCCGCGGAGUACCCCGUGCAAGACGGCUUCAGUAUUUGGACCAAGGCAGAGGUGCUGCUGUGGGGAGAGGAGCUGGCAGCCCAGUGCCUGGAGAUCGUCUCCCACCUCACGGACACCUCGCUGUACCAGCACCUGACGCUCACCAUCCUCCAGCUCCAGCAGGGCGGGGCCGCCACCCAGCUGCUGCGCUCCCCGCUGCUGAGGCUGCUGUCCCUCCCGCUGGGCCCAGUGUGCGAGACCGCUGCGUGCGAGCCCAGCGAGGGCGGCCAGGCUGUGAAGUGCGUGCUGAUGUUGGAGGCGGACGUCCCCUCGCCAGUCCCCGCGGGCGCCUUCUCCAUGCACCUGGCGCUGCCCCACCGCGAGAUGCCCGGCGCCGACCAGCGGGCGGCGCUGCCGCCGCCGGCGGAGGAGCCGCCGAAGGAGGAGCCAGCUCAGGUGGAUAUGAAGAAAGCCCAGGGCAAGAAGAGCUUGAAGCCGUCGCCCGAGGAGCUCAAGCGGAGCUCCCUCGGCGCCUCCGCGGAGGAGGCGGCCCAGGAGGGCGCGAGGCGGCCCCUCGUGGUCCGCGGCCUGCGGACCGACAGCGUGCUGCGGUGGAGCGGUGAGACCGCGCCCAACGACCGCCACCUGGUGCUCUGCGAGCGCAUCACCGCGGCCGCCGGGGCGGGCGAGGGAGGAGGGGGGGGAGAAGGAGGGGCGGCGGAGGAGGGGCGCCCGCCCCAGGCGCCGCCCGCGGAGGAGAUGCGGCCAAAAGUCAAAGGCGAUGCGGAGGGCGAGUGGAAGGACCCGGAGCCGCUGCAGGCUGGCGCGAAGGUCGAUCCGAAGCAGUACGGCGGGAGGAACAAUUGGCUGAAGUGCUGCAGGACAGUCCUGGAGGAAACCUCCAAGGAGUCAGUGUUCCUUCCGCACAUCGUGCUGGCCGAGGGGUCGACGCACCUGCUGUACGUUUACCUCGACCUGUACAGAGGUCCCGGCAACCUCGAGGGCGGCACCUGGACCCUGGAGUUCUUCGGGUCUGGCGCGGUAGAGGUGGGCGCGGACACCACGGAAGCGGACCUGGAGGCGCUCGUGCGCAGGUCGCUGGGCAGGGCGCGGCCCCGCAGGACGGCAGGCCCGACGCGGAGGGAGAGGGCCCAAGCUAGUCGGCGCAACGCCUGGGAG